AUGGGGUCUCUGAAGAGAAAAUCGCCGGAAGAACCAACCACAACGGCAACAACUUCACAAGUGCAAUACGAUUGUCUUCACGACGUAUCGUAUCCACAUGGCUACAUUCAUGCUUCAUCUUCUACUUCUUCUGAUUCAUCUCAAACCAAAGAACCUGCUAAGAAGUUCCCUUUUACACUCGAUCCCUUUCAAUCUCAAGCUAUUAAUUGUCUUGAAAAUUCUGAAUCCGUUAUGGUAUCUGCACAUACAUCUGCUGGAAAAACUGUCGUGGCUUUAUAUGCAAUUGCUAUGUCGCUUCGAGAUGGUCAACGUGUUAUCUACACUUCUCCUAUCAAGGCACUUAGUAACCAGAAGUAUAGAGAAUUUAAAGAAGAGUUUUCUGAUGUUGGUUUGAUGACCGGUGAUGUUACCAUUGAUCCCAAUGCUUCUUGCUUGGUCAUGACUACUGAAAUCUGGCGAAGUAUGCAAUACAAAGGCUCUGAGGUCACUAGGGAGGUAGCUUGGAUCAUUUUUGACGAGGUGCAUUACAUGCGCGAUCGAGAAAGAGGUGUAGUUUGGGAAGAGAGCAUUGUUAUGUCGCCAAAGAAUGCUCGAUUUGUCUUCCUGUCUGCUACUGUCCCUAAUGCCAAAGAGUUUGCUGAUUGGGUGGCAAAGGUGCACCAACAGCCUUGUCAUAUUGUUUAUACAGAUUACCGGCCAACUCCUCUUCAACAUUAUAUUUUUCCUUCCGGAAGCGAGGGUCUCUACUUAGUUGUGGAUGAAAAGGGAAAAUUUCGCGAAGACAGUUUUCAUAAAGCUUUGAACGCUCUUGUUCCCGCUGCUGAUGAUGAUAGGAAAAAAGAAAAUGCCAAGUGGCAAAAAGGUCUGGUGCUAGGCAAGGCAGCUGAAGAAAGCGACAUAUUCAAGAUGGUGAAAAUGAUCAUCCAACGUCAAUACGAUCCCGUGAUACUGUUCAGCUUUAGCAAGAGGGAGUGUGAAUUUCUUGCAAUGCAGAUGGCAAAAAUGGAUCUUAAUGGGGACACAGAGAAGGACAAUAUAGAAAAAAUAUUUUGGUGUGCUAUGGAUAUGCUUUCAGAUGAUGAUAAGAAGCUGCCUCAGGUUUUGAACAUGCUGCCCUUGCUGAAACGUGGAAUCGGAGUGCAUCACUCUGGAUUACUCCCAAUUCUAAAGGAAGUGAUUGAGAUCUUAUUUCAAGAAGGACUAAUCAAGUGUUUGUUUGCCACAGAGACCUUCAGUAUUGGUUUGAACAUGCCUGCAAAAACUGUAGUUUUUACAAAUGUCCGAAAAUUUGACGGGGACAAAUUUAGGUGGUUAACCAGUGGAGAAUAUAUACAAAUGAGUGGUCGUGCUGGUCGACGAGGUAUUGAUGAUCGGGGAGUAUGUAUCCUCAUGAUUGAUGAGAAGAUGGAGCCUUCUACCGCUAAGUCGAUGGUUAAAGGGGCAGCAGAUAGUUUAAACAGUGCCUUCCAUUUAAGCUACAACAUGAUUUUGAACCAAAUGCGCUGUGAAGACGGUGAUCCUGAAAAUUUACUCCGUAAUUCAUUUUUUCAGUUCCAAGCUGAUCGUGCCAUUCCCGAUCUUGAGAAACAAAUAAAAGCAUUUGAAGAAGAGAGGGAAUCAAUUGUUAUUGAAGAAGAAGACAGUUUGAAGGAUUAUUACAAUCUUCUAGAGCAGCUUAGAAGUUUGAAUAAGGACGUUCGUGACAUUGUGUUAUCUCCAAGGUACUGUUUACCUUUUUUACAGCCUGGGAGGCUUGUUUCUAUCCAAUGCACUUCAAGUGAUGAAGAACUUUCUCCCAUUUUUGUUGAGGAUCAGUUAACUUGGGGGUUGAUCAUUAAUUUUGAAAGGAUUAAGGGCGUUUCUGAAGAUGAUGUGAACAUAAAGCCGGAAGAUGCAUCUUACAAAGUUGAUGUUCUUACAAAAUGUGUGGCGAGGAAAGAUAAACUCGGAAAAAAAUCUGUUGAGAUUGUUCCUCUGAAAGAACAUGGAGAACCUAUAGUGGUUUCCAUUCCUAUCUCUCAGAUCAAUAAAAUUACCGGUCUGCGUGUAUACAUACCAAAGGAUCUUUUGCCAUUGGAAGCUCGAGAAAACACACUGAAAAAAAUUAAAGAAACUCUUUCUAGAUUUGAGGAUAUAGGGUUGCCACGUCUAGAUCCAGAAGAAGAUAUGAAGAUUCAAAGUAGCUCGUACAAGAAAGCAUCACGAAGGAUAGAGGCUUUGGAGAGGCUAUUUGAAAAGCAUGAAAUUGCAAAGUCACCGCUUAUAAAGCAGAAGCUAAAAGUUUUCCAGAGGAAGCAAGAGCUGACUGCAAAAAUAAAGUCAAUUAAGAAAACAUUAAGAUCGUCUACUACUUUAGCUUUCAAGGAUGAACUCAAGGCAAGGAAGAGGGUUCUUCGGAGGCUAGGAUAUGCUACAAGUGACAAUGUCGUGGACUUGAAAGGGAAGGUUGCUUGUGAAAUAAGUAGUGCAGAUGAAUUGACCCUAACAGAACUCAUGUUCAACGGUGUCUUCAAGGACAUAAAAGUAGAGGAGAUGAUUUCUCUCCUGUCUUGUUUUGUCUGGCGAGAAAAAAUCAACGAUGCUGCCAAACCUCGAGAAGAACUUGAUAUGCUCUAUUCACAAUUACAAGACACUGCCCGGAGAGUUGCUCAACUUCAGCUUGAAUGCAAGGUACAAAUUGACGUUGACACUUUCGUAAAGUCAUUUAGACCUGAUAUUAUGGAGGUUGUGUAUGCUUGGGCGAAAGGCUCAAAGUUCUAUGAGAUCAUGGAGAUUACGAAAGUUUUCGAAGGUAGCUUGAUUAGAUCAAUUAGAAGACUCGAGGAAGUUCUUCAGCAGUUAAUAGAAGCAGCCAAGUCAAUUGGAGAAACUGAACUUGAGGCAAAGUUUGAAGAGGCUGUGUCUAAAAUCAAGAGGGACAUUGUUUUUGCAGCAUCAUUGUAUUUGUAG